AGCAAGACAGAGAUAGUAUAAAAUGAAAUUAUUAUAAUAUUAAUUCUGAAAGUCCUUAGUUUUAAUAUAUUUUAAUGUUUUAACAUAUUGUUACUUUAGAAGUGUAUUUAAUAUUAUGACGAUAAUAUAUUUCGCGUUGUAAUUAGUGACGUUAGUUCUUAAACAAUGGCGUUAACUGCGGAGGAGGUAGCUCAGCGUUAUCCUUUACACUGGAUGGUGUGGAACAACCAGCAUGAAGAACUGAGGAGUGCUCUCGAGACUAAAAAUUUCACCACUCAGGACUUGGAAUUGAAAGAUCCUCGCGGCCGAACACCAUUGCUCCUGGCGGUUACCCUCGGAUACAUUGAUGCAGCAAAUGCUCUUCUCGAUGCUGGUGCUGAUGUCAACUGUGAGAAAGAUGGAUGGACUGCGGUCCAAGAGGCGACAGCGAGUGGUGACCCCGAGUUACUGGCGCUGGUCCUAUCUCGGCGCGACUACCAACGCGUACUGGUCCACUCCAUCAGCAUCCCCGACCUGCUGGACAAGCUCCGACUAGCGCCUGACUUCUAUGUAGAAAUGAAGUGGGAGUUCACGAGCUGGGUCCCCCUAGUAUCCCGUAUGUGCCCCUUUGAUACAUACAAGGUGUACAAGCGAGGGGGGAAUGUUCGUGUGGACACAACACUCGUCGGCUUCGAGAACAAUCGCUGGCAGCGCGGUGACCGCACCUUCAUAUUCAGAGGACAAGGCCGGACUGCAAGUCUAAUAGAGCUGGACCACGAGAAAGGUACGUCGUGGACUGAGCAUAUGGAGCCGAUUUGCCGGGCGAGCGAGUGGCCACCUCCGACAGUGGAUAUUAUAGAACAGCGGCUGAACACGCCAAUAGCCAUCAACUAUCUGGACACCGACAAGAUUAGCUUCGAGAGAAAUAAGAGCGGAAUCUGGGGCUGGCGGCAGGACAAGACGGAGAACGUGAACGGAUUCGAGUGCAAGGUGUUCAGCGCCAACAACGUGGAGCUGGUGUCCAAGACGCGCAGUGAGCACGUGCCGCGCGCCGCGGGGACAGGGCCCGCCUCCACCGCGCCCCUGGCAGAACUGCUGGCGAUGGCCGAGUCGCCCUCGUUCUCGGAGACCACGCCCCUCACCGCCACGCCAGACGAGGAUCCCGAAGAGGACAGCAAGUCCAAGUCGCCCCCGGUGACGUGGCAGGAGUACUUCAGCGGUGCGGGCCCGCCGCCCGGGGCCCCCGCGCGGGACGUGGGCCGGCCGCGGGUGGAGACCACCAAGGUGCAGAAGUUCCGCGCCACGCUCUGGCUCUGCGAGGACUACCCGCUUGAGUUGCAAGAGCAAAUAGUGCCAAUCCUGGAUUUGAUGUCGUCGAUAUCGUCCCCACACUUCGCCAAGCUAAGGGACUUCAUACAAAUGCAAUUGCCCGCCGGGUUUCCUGUCAAAAUUGAGAUCCCCCUGUUCCACGUGCUGAACGCUCGGAUAACGUUCGGGAACAUCUUCGGCACGAGCAGCCCCGUGCGGCACGUGGACUGCAUCCAGGAGGGGGAGCGGCCCGCCUGCGUCCUCGACGACGCAUGCUUCGACAUCGGGCGCGGGUACACCGACGCGGCCACCACCACCACCCACGGCGACGACGACGGCCUGCUGCACUACGCCAUCCGGCAGAGCAUGCUGGACCCCGCCGCGCACCAGCCCGACGACCAGGUGGACGUGUGGGAGGCGCUGCGGGGCGAGCGGCCGCGGAAUCCCUCUCCCCCGCACGAGCUGCCCUCCCCGCCCUCACCCUCCGGGCACGGCCUGCUCACCCACGAGGAGUGCCAGCUGCAGAGGGCGAUCGAGGCGUCACUGCGGUCCGUGUCGCUGCUGCCGGCGGCGGAGGGCGAGCCGGCCGCGGAGCGCGAGCAGGACGUCGACGACGAGCUGCAGGCCGCGCUCGCAGCCUCCGUGCAGGAACACUCCGCGCGGCAGCACCAGCUGCUGGCGGAGCAGCGCGCGCUCGACGAGGCGCUGCGGCUCUCGCUGCUCGACAACUGACGAUCUCAAUAGAAAAUAUAAAGCGUCCACCAAAUGAAGACUUACGCCUAAACGUAUAAAGUUAGU